GUGGACUUCUUGAGGUUCUCUUUCCUCAGAUGUGACCUCAACAAGAGGAAAAAUUGCCUUUUCUGCUUCCUUCCUGGAAAGAUGGAAAGUGCUUUAGUAGGCUCCUGGCACAACAGUGGCUUCUAUGGGCACUUUAGAGGCCAAGUCAAGAGUGAAAGUGCUGGAGAGUAUCGCCGUGCAGCCAAGCCUCCGCCUCCACCAGCGUUCCUGCAGCGAUGCCAGGAGCCAGCACAGCACUUCUUCUCCAAGCACGACAACCGCACUUCCUUCGACAAAGGGCCCUACUGUCUGCUGCAGGGAAUCGGAAGACAGAAAGAUCUGAAGCGCCUGUGGCAGCGGCACACUUUCCUGCGCUGGGCACCCUGUGAGAUAGAAGUGAGCCAGCAGCGGCCCCUGAAAUCUUCCUACCAGCAUGACUUCCCGUCAGGCUCUGGACUUGACAGCCUCCCUCAGCGUCUGGUUCACUUUGUACAAAUCCAGCCUGUCCACGCCAGCACUACCUACCAGCGAAACUUCUGCCACCCGUCCCUUGGUGGUCGCUGUGGCAGUGACAAGACAGGGCCCCAAGUGCCUGUCACCGACACACUGCCUGACCUCCCAGCCAUCCCAAGACCCAAGCUCCUGCAGCACUACCUUCACCCUGGGGUCUAUGAGUGCCUGCACUGGUCCUGAACAUUAAACGAGGACAGCUGACACAUCGCCUGCCUGUGCUUGCAGCACAAGAGGUCUCAGGGGCCAGUAAUCAGUGGUGUGCGACCCAGAGCUGACCCCCGUGGGACUCAUGUCUAUGGUAUCCAUGAGCUUGGCUGGGGAGACACUGCCAUGGGAGCCUUGUCCCAAGGUGAGGAAGGGUGAGGCCGGAAGAGGCCCAGCGUCCAGGAAGGCUGCCACGACCAACACACUGGGUGGGUCCAAACACUUUUCCAGCACUUCAGCAGACAGCUGGAGACUGUACUCAGUGUAGCUGCAAGGAAAGCGGAGCCAGCAGUUGUACCAGCGGGGACCAAAGGCCGGGGCACAUCUCCCUGUAAUCCCAGCUACUUGGGAGGUCAAGGGGUCCAGGGAGGAGGAUCACAAGUUCCAGGCCAGACUGGGAAAUUUCGAGAGGCCCUGACUCAAAUAAAACAACCAAAACAAAGG